ACCCCAAAAUUACUCUUCAUCUACAUAUUUAGUUCUUCUCCAAAAAAAUUAGAAAUAUCAUGAGUGGACUUUCAAAUUGGUUUGGUCCAUAUGGAUCAAAUUCAAUUUCACAAAAUUCAAGUUCUCCUUCACAAAAUUGUAACGAUCCUUCUCAAAAUUCCGACAUUCGCCCUCCAAAUUUCUCUUGGCCAAAUAUGUCUAAUCCUCAAAUAUAUCCCAACAAUCCCAUGAGUCAAUCAGCCCCUUCAUUUCAAUUUUCAUCCCAAGUGCAUCCAUCUCAGGGAUUUCAGCCAUACGGAUAUCCUCAACAAUGGUAUCCCCCUCCAGGAUUUUCCCCACUAGGAUAUCAUUCACAUGGGUUUAUGUUUUCUGACUCUUCCAGGAGGACCAGUGUAGAUGGGAGUGGUACUGAUGGAGGCACACCAUCUUCAGGAAAGGCAGUUCAAGGUUUGGAGAAUAUAAAUCUCUCUGUUGAGCCUUCAUCCGACGACGACGAAGAGAAUACCAACAUGCGUCGGGUGUUUUAUUCAGAUGAGGAGUGUGAAGUUCUUGCGCAAUGUUACAUCGAUAUUAGCAUCGAUUCAGUUGUUGGAAACGAGCAAAAGAUGGACAAAAUGUGGAAAUGCAUUGCGAAAGCCUACAAUGAAAAUCGUCCUGCCAACACUCCAAGUAGAAAGUUUAAACAGUUGAAGGCUCAUUUCUACAAGAUGCAGAAACAGGUGAAAUGGUUUUCUGAAUGUUACAAUAGGAUUGCAAGCAUCUGGAAGAGCGGUGCAAAUGAUGCUGAUAUUAUGGAGAUGGCACAAACAGAAUACAAGCAGCAUCACGGUACAAAAGGUUUUAAAUAUGUUGGAGUUUGGAGACUUUUGAAAGAAGUUCCCAAGUUUGCCGAGGUGCAAGGAAAUGUUCAAGAAUCCAAGAGAACCAAAAAUACAGAAGGAGAAGCCUACACAUCAUCUUCUACAGCGGAAGAAACUCCCACGAGUCGCCCAAUGGGGCAUAAAGCGGCAAAGAGAAAGGAGAAGGGGAAGGGGAAAAAAGAUGACCUCGAUGCACUGCGUGAAGUUGCAAAAGAGCAUGAAACCAAUGAAGCAAAAUACCUACGUAUAAUGGAAGAAAAUACGCUUAUAAAAAAAUGAACAACUUCUAAAAAAUGAGGAACAACGUCUGAAGGAGGAGAGGCAACGUCUAAAAGAGUAUGAACUCGUAAUGAAGGACACAUCAGGGAUGACAGAAAUGCAGCUUUACUUGCACAAAAAACACUGCGAGAAGAUACUGAAAAAAUGGGAAGAUGAUAAUUAGUUGUGUUAUCUUGUAUCCACUAGGAUUUAUUUUUAAUUCUGUAACUGUGUUUUGUGUUAUCUUGUAUCCACUAAGAUUUAUUUUUAAUUCUGUAACUGUGUUGUGUGUAACCGUUAAAUUUAUCUUUCAAUAAAAUGUACUUGUUUCAAUA